GACUUUGCUCAAUAAAUCUCAACUCACUUCGACAACUUCAACUUGCAACCUCUGCAUUUGGUUCCUCUUUUUUGUAAUCGACAAUCUAAUCCUGCGACAAAUUUCACAAUGUCGCUGUAUUCCUUCAAGAAUCCAGCAACGUACCAUCUACUGAGUUAUGGCACCCUUCUUGGCUCAACACUCUUCCAGUCCUUCAUCAGCGGCGUCGUAGCCUUCCGCGUCCUUCCGCGUCCACAAUUCUCCACCCUCCAAAAGCAUACAUUCCCUGUAUACUUUACACUUCAGACCGUUACACCUGUCGUAAUGCUUCUUACCUACCCGCGCGGCGCAUCAGCUAUCUUGCCAUAUCUCUCUUCUUCUUCGGUUGCUCCCACGGCCACUGAUAGCUUAAGUUCAUGGCUCCACGCAACAAUGUUUGUGACAGCGUUAGUAAACUUGGUAUACGUUGGCCCCAAGACUACUGAAGUAAUGGGCCUGAGGAAACAUCAGGAGACUAGGGAUGGGAAGAAAAGCUAUGAUGCUGGACCGCAUAGUAAAGAAAUGCAAGUGCUGAACAAGCAAUUUGGAAUCUUGCAUGGGGUCAGCACUUUGAUUAACUUGGCUGGGUUGGGCGCCAUGAUCUGGUACGGAGCGAUCCUGGGCGAGGGCUUGACUUUGUAAGAGGUUAUGAGCUGGUCCGUAAACACCGAUAGAGUCUUGGUUGUCUGCUUUGUGCAGGGUGGGGAGCAGGCUACACCAAUGUACAGAGCAGGCGAAGACAAGGGCUUCACAUCAUCUACAUGGCUAGGGUGCUACAAGUGCACUGUUGGACCAUUGAAUAUUGAGCACAUGUUACGCACACUUCAUUCAACUACAAACGCCUGAACCUCGGAAUCCACGUACAAAUGACAUUCUUCUUCCUC